AUCUCCUCCGUAGACCAUAAUACUAUUCAUUAAACUUUUACACAUUUUGGGUCUUCGAUUCUUCCUCCAAAUUAAAUUUGUUUUGCUUUUUUUCUCAUAACCUCCAAAUUCUUCUCAGAUUGAUCUGCUCUCUUUAUAUCGAUCAAUGUCGGUUAAAACAGUGCAAGUGAGCAAUGUUUCUUUGGGUGCUAAAGAGCAAGAUAUCAAGGAUUUCUUUUCCUUCUCCGGGGAUAUUGAAUAUUUAGAAAUGAAAGGUGAGAAUGAGGUAUCGCAAGUUGCUUAUGUCUCGUUCAAAGAUCCUCAGAGUGCAGAAACUGCAGUUCUUCUUUCAGGAGCUACAAUUGUUGAUCAGUCCAUCUCAAUAGCCCUUGCACCAGAGUACAAACCCCCACCUACAGCUUCAGUAUCACCAGCUCCAACUGGAAGCACCAAUGCACCCGCUGCUGAAUCUGCUAUUCAAAAGGCAGAGGACGUCGUCAGCAGCAUGUUGGCAAAGGGCUUUAUAUUGGGCAAGGACGCAGUUGGCAAGGCCAAGGCAUUAGACGAGAAACACAAGAUCACAUCCACUACUUCAGCCACAGUUGCAUCUAUAGACCAAAAAUAUGGCCUCAGUGAGAAAAUCACUACGGGAGCAACCAUCGUGAACCACAAAGUGAAAGAAAUGGACCAGAAGUUCCAGGUCUCGGAAAAGUCAAAAUCUGCUUUUGCAGCUGCUGAGCAGACCGUUAGCAGUGCUGGGUCCGCUAUCAUGAAGAACAGAUAUGCUUUGACUGGGGUUACUUGGGCUGCAGGUGCUUUAAGUCGAGUCACUAAGGCUGCCGGGGAAGUGGGACAGAAGACAAAGGAAAAACUAGCUGAAGAAGAAAGAAGAACUUUCGCAAGAGGUCAUGCCCAAGAAAAUGCUGCAACUUCUGCUAAAGGUGAGGUGCAAUUACUUGCUGCAGCUCCUGCUAAAGGUGAUGUGCAACAACUUGCUGCAGCUUCUGCGAAAAGUGAUGUGCAAGAACUUACUGCUGCAACUUCAGCAAAACAAGAACAUCCUGAGUCCCAAACAGGGAUUGAGGAAUCUACCAAUCCCUCUCUUCCUCCAAAGGCUUAAUCCUACAUUAUUUUGAGUUGAUCAAAUUUGAUCAGGUCAUUAUAUAUGAUUUGAUCUCAAAUGUGCUAUGUAUACAUACAUGGAAUCUCAUAUGAUACAAUGAACUCAUAGAAUUCAAUUAUUCUUGUUGGAGAUUUAUUUUUUUUUCUAACAAAAAAGGCAGUUUGCUAGAGAACAAACCAAUUAAUAUUCCUUUUAUGACUAAUAUCAGUAUUGCACAAAAUAAAAAUCAGAAUUUCUUUCAUUUUUA